AUGGAAAAUAGGAAUAAUGUUACUCUGUUUAUUCUUCUGGGUCUUUCUCAAAACAAAAACAUUGAAGUUCUCUGCUUUGUGUUAUUUUUAUUUUGUUACAUUGUGAUUUGCUUGGGAAACUUGCUCAUAAUGAUCUCUAUCACAUGCACUCAGCUAAUUGACCAACCCAUGUAUUUCUUCCUUAAUUAUCUCUCAGUCUCAGAUCUUUGCUAUACAUCCACAGUCACACCCAAACUAAUGACUGAUUUACUGGCAGAAAGGAAGAUCAUUUCCUAUAAUAACUGCAUGAUACAGCUCUUCAUCCUUCACUUCCUUGGGGCCAUUGAGAUCUUCAUCCUCACAGGGAUGGCCUAUGACCGCUAUGUGGCCAUCUGCAAGCCGCUUCACUAUACCAUCAUCAUGAACAAGCAAAAGUGUAACACAAUCAUCAUAGCUUGUUGUACCGGAGGGUUUAUACACUCUGCCAGCCAGUUUCUUCUCACCAUCUUCUUACCGUUCUGUGGCCCCAAUGAGAUAGAUCAUUACUUCUGUGAUGUGUAUCCUUUGCUGAAACUGGCUUGCACUGACACAUACAGAAUUGGUCUCUUGGUCGUUAUGAAUUCGGGUCUGAUUGCUUUGGCGACUUUUGUGGUUUUGAUGGUGUCUUAUUUUCUAAUAUUAUACACCAUCAGGGUUUACCCUGCAGAGAGCCGUACCAGAGCUCUUUCAACUUGCAGUUCCCACAUAACCGUUGUGGUUCUCUUCUUUGUGCCUGUCCUUUUCAUUUACAUCCGACCUGCCACAACCUUCCCAGAAGACAAAGUGCUUGCUCUUUUCUAUACCAUCAUCGCCCCCAUGUUCAACCCUCUGAUCUACACACUGAGAAACAUGGAGAUGAAGGAUGCUGUAAGAAAGCUGUGGUAUCAUCAGUUCUUUUUGAAAAGGAGCUUAUAUACCAGGCUGGUCCUUGCAGUCUCACCCUACAGGCCAUCUCCAGAGCACCCUGUUCCAAUAAAUCCAGAGCACAGGUCCAACUCAAUAGACCCCAAUGUGUGGACAGUCCCUCAGUACACAGGCUCUGGAUCAACGACUGAGGCUCCAAGCUUCAAACCAUCACUCAGAAUACCACGUUCCAAACAGACCACCUCAGACACUAGUUCCAUGCCUUCCUCAACACGAGGCAGGCCAUGGCUUCAAGUUAUUUCCAGUAGGCCCAGAGUCCAGAUCUACUUCAGCAGACCCAGACUCCAGGAGUACCCUACAGACACUAGUAUCAGACUGGCUCCCACAGUGUGGUACUUCAGUAAUGACCAUGCAGAUCUAGGCUCUCAACUAGUCCAGAUGGAUCCAGACCCUAGGCUUAUUCUCACAGAUGUAAAAUCUAGGUUCACUACAACAACAGAUCAGUCUCAUGGAUUCAUGACCCAUACCCACUCCAGUGGACCCAACCACCAGGUCAACCUGCCUAAGGAUCCAGUAGUUCAGUGGAAGACCAUGCUGGACAGCCUGCUCAGAAUCUCUGGAUGGAUUAAAUGUUGGUUACAGAGAAAACUGGUCAAAGGUACAGUCUCUGGUGAACAUUUUCAAAAAACAUUAUAUUUACCUCCAGCUUUACAGGGCCCUGCACUGCACAACCUUAUUGGAUGCCAGUCACAGAAUUAA